UUUCAGUGUCUAAUCAUGGGCAUUUUUAUAAGUAACGACAGUAACGUUUUGAGUACCAAAAGCAUAACGCUAACAUUCGUUCAGUUUUUGACAAUUCGUCAGUUCGAAGAACGUGCGGCUUGGGAAACGCAUCUUGAUGAAUCGCACAAGUUUGUAAACACGUUUCUCUGUGUUUUUGAUGUAUCGUUUGUUUUGAUCCGGAUCUUUGUUUUUUUGUAUCGGCGCGGGUAUCGGGGAUUCCCGGGACCCGGACCCGUCCCGUGCCUCAGUCAAGCCAUGUUCCAAAUAAUCAAAACGGGUCAAUCGAAAUCGAACCCAAAGCAAUCGCAGCUUCACUAUGUGAACUUUCCGCGCAAGGACUGUUCAUCGCCGCCCCCUCUGGUGCUGAGUGCCGCGGCUUACACGCAAAUGAGCGCCGGGGGAAAGCGCCAGUUCGUUAAGGUCAACGAGGAAAUGUUUGUCAACGAAAUCAAGAAGCGCCCGAUUCUGUACAACACGCACCUGAAGGAUUACAAGAAGUUCAGCACCAGACAUGAGGCUUGGGCCGAGGUGGCAGUGGCGAUGAAUUUGUCCGAAGGUGAGUGCAAGAAGCGCUGGCGAAGUCUGCGGGAUGCGUUCAUGAAGGUCGUGCGGAAUAAGAGCGAGGAAGAGCAGAAGACUUGGAUCCACUACCGGUUGCUGGAGUUUCUUCUGCCCUAUAUUGGGAACAGGACCAGAGGGACAUCUAGAACGGUCGAGCUAAUGGAUGAUUUCGACGAAGACACGGAAUAUGUCGAGAUAGAAGAAGACAUGGACAUCUUUGAGGAGAGCAGACAACCGAUUACUGUAUCCUAUGUAACAGAAGAUGGGAAGGAGGUCUUCCAAAUGUUGCAAGAUCCAGAUACAAUACCGGAAGGAGCAGUUAUAGGAAUUGAGGAGACUGAAGAAGAAGAUGAAGGCGAAGAAGACGAGAUGUUCCCCGCGAUGCAUCACUCGGAACAGAUGACACCAAAUGAAACGCUACAUUCGCAGGACAAUCACACGGGUAGCUUCAUGUACGAAGAGCGAUUGGAUUCCACGAUGCUCGAGCUGCAGGAAGCCUUCGAAUCCACUCGACAAGCGUCUUUUGCGGAUGCAAGCAGAGAGGAGGGCAUCAAACAGGAAGCCCUCUCCGACGCGGACGGAUCCGAAAUCCACGUAGAAGAAAUAGAAAUGGACUCACUGAUAUCGGAACAACCCGAGGACUAUCAAACCGACACUCAAUCUGAAGCGCAGCAUCUUAUGGAAGCGUUACGGCCAAGUAUUAUACGGGAACCCAGUCCGGUGGAAGAUCUUUUAGAGCCGCCCAUCCAUGAACCUAUUCCAGUUGCGACGGAAACUACUCAUUCUCCAACUCCCCCGCCAAUAACAAAUUCUGCUCUUUCAUUGCCUGUUGAGGCAUCAGAACCGGUGGCCGCAAAUCCUGUUCCAAUGCCUUCCGUAUCUCUUCCUAGGGAGGAAUCUACAAUCAGAGAAUCGGACACCAAACCGUCGUCUUCCAGUUGUAUGGACUCCGACGAGCGAUUUCUGCUAUCUUGUGCGCCCAUUCUACGUAGGUUACCAAACAAAAAGAACCAAUUGGCCCGGUUACGGAUACAACAGCUACUGUUUGAAUUAGAAUAUGAUGAAAAGUAUAAUAGUUAGCACUGAAAGUAUUUACAGGCUAGAAUUUGAAUAUAAAACAAUAAAUUUUAUAAAACUUUCUCUUAAA